UACGCAGCAUAAACUUCGGGUGAGGUUUUGUGCAAACAGCUGAUCCCUAUAAGAAAAUAGUUAGAACACUAAUUUGAAGAAAGUAUAAUAAUGCAUGUUUUAUUUAUUCCACACCUCAUUAAUGCAGUGGUUUCAUUUGCAUGGUAGUUUCUAUACUGUCAUUUAUAAAUUCUGUGCCGUGAAUAGAAAAUACAUUUUAAUUGAAGCUGCGUAUUUGUCCCAAUGCUAAACAAAACAAUUGCGUUGCUGUUCGGUUUUGCCAAGAUCGUAAUAUUACUACUGCAUCAUAAAGAAAAUACAGCUGCAUAAGGAUUAUACCUUUCUAUCACAGAAUAUGUUCUUUAAAAUCACGUGAGAGAAGUGGCUUAUGAACAGUAAGUACACAAGUUUCUUAUUAUGUAUAUUAUUUAAGUUAAAGCUGCCAAUUGUCCUGGGAAAAUAUAAAUCAAAUUCUGUUUUUACGUAGCAGGUGCCUGCAAACUGUACCAUAUUACUGUAUUACUGAAGGUUAAAUAUUAAUUAAUUUAGCUAAUUGAAGUGUUUCAUAUGCAAUAUUAAGCAGUGUAUAUUUUAAAACAAACUGUUAAGUUCGUUUUAAAAUGGAUGUCACCAGGGACCAAAGAUGAGAGUCCCUCUUAAGCAAUGACCUGACACACCACCUGGAAAGCCUCUUUGGCCUUGAAUCUCACUCUUUAGGACAACCAACCCUUGGCAUCUGUCUUGCAGAUAAAAGCGUGUUAAUAUUACCUUGGAUAUUACCUCCUGCAAUAAUAACAUAUUAAGCUACUAACAUAAAUAAGCAAACCCACUGUACACUGUAUUCCAAAUAUGUCUGUAGGUCUCCUGUGGUUUAUGUAUAUUUACAGCAAACAGUAAAACAGUCCCGUCACAAGCCUGUUUUUAGUUCAGUAAACUUGCUAAAAGUAUUAUGUAAUUCUCUGUCAGAAUUUUAUUCUUACUAAGUACCGUCACAGCCUCAUCGAUAUCUACUUUUAUUCUCAUAUACGUUAAGCAUGCACUGUUAAGACGAAACUGUACUAUACAACAGUAACUCAGUUAUCUUUGAUAGCAAACAGCUCCGGUCUCCUCUCCAGCCCCAACACGGCAAACUCAGCCGCAGCUCAGCUUGGCUGUGUGACGAGCAAGCGAAUGACAGUUCCUUCCGCCGAAGAAAAUAGUCCGCAAAGGCCAUUCAGUUUCUCUUAGGACAAAAAAAAACAAAAAAAAACGAUAUUUACAUUUACAAGACUGUUGUAAUAGUUCUUAACAUAUACAUUUCAUAAUGAUGAUAAUAACAAUAAUAAUGUAUGUCCCUGUUUGAAGUUAAGACCAUUUAGAUAAAUAUAUAGGUGGAUGAAUACCUGACAUUACAUUAGCACAGUGUCUUUGCUGCGUAGAAAGGGGAGUUGUUUUGGGAAGGAAAAAAAUAGCUCAGAAACAUUGCAUAGACGAACGCUGUUUGUUGUAUAAUUGUACUUUAUUUAGUAAAUAAGUAAAUAAAUAAAUAGUGUUUAGCAAUGCCGGGAAUGAUGGAAAAGGGAUCAGAAUACCUAGGGAAAGGACGGUCUAACGGAACAAAAAGUCCAUCUAACGCCCCAAAUGGACAUUUUUCAGAGGAGAGUGGCAGCGACGAUGAACACGAUGUUGGAAUGCGAGUGGGAUCAGAAUAUCAAGCGUGUAUUCCUGAAUUUGAUCCUGGUGCUACAAAGUACACAGAUAAAGAUAGUGGGGGAAUGUUGGUAUGGUCUCCAUAUCACACUAUUGUUGAUACUAAAUUGGAUGAAUAUAUUGUGAUAGCAAAAGAAAAGCAUGGAUACAAUGUUGAACAGGCUCUGGGGAUGUUAUUUUGGCACAAGCACAACAUUGAAAAGUCACUUGCUGAUCUCCCAAACUUCACACCUUUCCCUGAUGAGUGGACAGUGGAGGAUAAAGUUCUGUUUGAGCAAGCCUUCAGUUUUCAUGGGAAAAGUUUCCACAGGAUUCAACAAAUGCUGCCAGAUAAAACCAGUUCAAGUUUGGUGAAAUAUUACUACUCUUGGAAAAAAACAAGAUCCAGGACAAGUCUGAUGGACCGUCAGGCCAGAAAAUUAGCAAACAGCAAUAGUCAAGAAGAAAGUGACGAGGAGAUGGAAGAGGCAAAUCCAAACGAGGCAAAUGAUAGCGAUUAUGACCCAAGUAAAGAAACUAAAAAAGAGAGUCAUUCUGAACAGCCUGUCCAGAACAGUAAGAUUGGGUUGGGUCGAAGAGAGCACCAGAAUCUGCAGCAUCGCCACCAUUCACAGCGUUCCAAGUGCCGUCCUCCCAAAGGCAUGUACCUAACUCAGGAGGAUGUGGUAGCCGUUUCCUGUAGUCCCAGUGCAGCAAGCACUGUUCUUAGACAACUGGACUUGGAGCUAGUUUCAUUAAAACGACAGGUCCAAAAUGCUAAGCAAGUAAACGGUGUUCUAAAACAGAAGAUGGACACAGGUAUAGAUGACUACAGACUGCCUGAGUGUAACCAGAAAAUAAAUGCCAGAUGGACUACAGAUGAGCAGCUUCUUGCAGUACAAGGUGUCCGAAAGUAUGGGAAAGACUUCCAAGCUAUUGCCGAAGUUAUCGGUAAUAAGACCGUAGGUCAGGUAAAAAACUUCUUUGUAAACUAUCGUCGUCGAUUUAACUUGGAGGAGGUGCUGCAGGAGUGGGAGGCAGAACAGGGAACUCAGGCCCCCAACGGUGACACUGCUACCUCAGGGGAGGAGGGGAAGAACACUUUCAACACCCCGUCAGGGAAAAGUACCGACGAAGAGGAGGAGGAGGAGGAGGAGGAGGAGGAGGAGGAGGAGGCCUUGGUGAUGCCAUCUUCUGGUCCGUCUCCUCCAGCCCAAGUGUCUUCUGCCCUAGCUCCUGUAACACCUACAGCUUCGCUCAACCAGCCACCCCCCCUCCUCCGGCCAUCUCUCCCAGCCACUCCAGCUCUCCACCGGCAGCCUCCCCCAUUACAGCAGCAGACUCGAUUUCUUCAACCAAGGCCUACACUUAACCAGCCACCACCUCCGCUCAUCAGACCAGCCAAUCAAAUGCCACCCCGUCUGAACCCAAGGCCAGUCAUACCAACUGUCAGCGGACAGCAGCCACCAACACUGAUUGGAAUCCAGGCAGAAACACAGCCCUCCUCCCUGCACUGAAUACAUUGCAGUUGCAACGUUUUUUAUUUUUGUAUUUUUUUGUAUUUAAUUUUUUUUUUUUUUUUGAGACCAGAACUUUUGCAUAUGAAAUUGCAUAUAGUGUGUCUGAUUAAUUUACAGUUGUAGCUUCUGAGUUUGUAUGUUUAUUUGAAUAGACAGUUUUGUUUAAGCUAAGUGAACCUUGUAGAAAAGGUUCAUGUUAUCAAUGGAUAACAAUUUUAUUUGAGUUUUAAUAUUUGUCAUCAUCUUUUCUUGUCAUCAUUGCACUUAUUUGGAGUACAUUUUAUCAUCAGAUAAAUACAAAUAAGAAUAAGUAAUUUUAACAGUAAUUUCACUUGUGACCCUGUCUUUUAUUCAAAUGCUACACUAAUUUAUUAAGUAGGUGAUACAAAUUAGAACAGGUCCUAUUUUAGAAAUAUGUGUAUUUAUUGCAUUUUGAUUUGGAGAUUUAGCCAAAGGGGGCAACCAAAAGCUUUAUUUACUCUCAUGUAAUCUGUGCAACAAAGACACUACAAAGUUGAUAUGAUUUAUCUAAAGGCAUUAGUGAGACGUGUUUUUUAUGACGUGGAAUCAUUUUAUGCGAUGGGCAUAAGUAAUGUACACAGGAUUUCUUUUGGCAUGGCUUGGUUAAUUACUGUAUCAAAGAUGUUGUUUUCUGUACUACAGAACUAAUCAUUUGUCGUGUGUGUGUAUAUAAUCAGUUAUUUAUUUUUCUACUUGGAGCUAUUGACUGGACAUAUUUCGCAUUUAUGCGAGGAAUAAUUAUCACCAUAAAAGUGCACUUAAUUCCACAGAAGUGUUUUAAAAAAUAAAGUGUCUCGUAAAGAAAAGAGUAACAGCUGAAAAUAUUUGUCUGGUUGCUCUUAUCAAACUGGAAAAGAAAUAUGUAAGUCAUGGAUUUGUCAUUGUCAUUGAAGUAUUUAAAAGGGAGAAAAAAUGCUAGAAUUUUUUUAAAAGGUAAAAUGUUGUCAUUUACAUUCCCUUUGUAACUAUAGAGCUGUUUUAGAAGUAAGUUCCCAGUGCGCAUUAAUCGUGUGUGUAGAAUGAGAUGGGGUUGUUUUUUGUAUUAUUUUACUUUCCUUGUUUAAAUUUGUGUGCAGAGUGAUUCUGUAUUGAAUAGUUCAGGAAUGUGGGAUAGAGGGUUUUUUUUGGCUCUGUCAGGCUAUUUUGCUUACUUGACAAAGAAGUUCAAAAGAACAACCUGCUGAUCAACCACCCCCUCAUUGAGUAAAAGUAAUUUUUCACAAUGUUUUAAUCGUUGGUUUAGGCCCUGCAGGAUUUUUAGAAUUAAUCUUGAUACAUAAAGCAGCUGAAUUCAGGAAAGUUUAUCUAAUUUAAUGAUCAUGCACAAAUAAAUAAAACAUUUUUAACAACAAAAUAGGAUACAGAAAAAUUAGGGGAAUUAUUAGCAGUUACAUCUCAUUUGGUUUUCUGCUCCAGUGACCUUUGUGCUUUAAACACUGCAUGAAUUGUGUUUGCUGGUAUGAAUUCAAAGAAAAUGAAUCUGAGGGUUUUGACAGUGGCUUUGUAAUAUGUGCAUCUAAAAUGUGUCCUUGUUUUGUGGACGUGAUUAUGAUAUGUCCUAUAGGGUAGCAGUUAUUCAGGCAUUCUGUUGUCUUGCAGUUGUCCUAUUGUGCUAACUUUUUAUUUACCAAACGUUCAGUAUGAUACAAUUUUAGCGUAACAGAUGGAUAGAUAUUAAUUCUAACAACGUUUGCAGCAGUUUUAAAAGAAACUAGUUUUAACCAAAUAAGGACAUAAAAUGUGUACUGUGCUAAAGAAAACUGAUGUUUUUUUUAGCAUGUUAUGCAGUGUUAAAGUACAGUUUGGUAUGGUAUCUUAACAAAUGUGUUUUUCUUGUUUACUUCACUUUAUCAUUUUCAGUUUAUGUUAUUAAAUCCUUGACUAAAAGAUUAAAGAACCACUAUGGCCUCAAGAUACAUAUAUAGCUGUAAAUAUAUUGUCUAUGCCACACUGCCCCUAGUGGAUGCAAGACGUACAACACACGUUUUUCUUGUGUUUCUUAGUGAUGUAUUUAUUGCAUCCACUCGAGGGCAGUGUUGGAGGGGGGGACAGGCUAAUAGUCACAUUUUGGUGAAACUAAUGUACAGUUACAGCAUGAUUUUGAGAGCUCUGUUGAGGCCACAGCGGUGUUUGAAGUCUUCAAAAUGUUCACCUCUAUUGAAAUCCUAAUCCUAAUUUUUUGUAUCACGCUUGAAUAAAAAAAAAAUAGUCUACUGCAUUCUAUAUUUAAGUCUUUUUAAAGUUGUAAACUUUUUUUUAAACAGUAUGUGCUUGGUUAUUUUAUAAAUGUGUCUAUAUAAUUUAGUAUGUGUUGUGUUUUCAAAGAAACAUGCUUCAGUUGUAUGUUUUCUGUUUUAACUUAUAUUUAUGACUUUGCCAUUUAGUGUAAUUUUGUGUCAUAUCUUAAAUCCAGUUAACAAUAAUCUUACAGCUGAUAGUACAAAUCGUGGGGCAUUACAACUUUUUUGAUAACUUUGUGAUAUUUAGAUAAGAACUUUUUAGGCAACAGCAGCAGGUUAUUCUGUUUUACAUGUCCAUUGACGGUUUCCAUCGUUCACAUCUGCUGAAACUAGCCUUUCAGUUCACAACGGAACCUCUUUUUUUCUCAUUUUCAUUUCCAAAAGCAUGUUCCAAUGAUGGAUGGUUAUGAAACCAUUGACUAGUGCAGUGUGGGAUAUUUAGUCUGUGUUGUACCCUACUGUAAUCAUGUGGCAUUUUUAGUAUACAUCCUAACUUAACAUGACUUGAACAUGAAUUGAAGCUAGUAUGCUACAUAAUGGUUAUGCACCUACCUUUCUGUCCUUAGGGAAAGAGACUGCCAAGUCACUUUGAUUAGACUUUCUAGUACUGUGUUACUGAGUUUAAAGUGCUACUUUUAAGACUUUCCUGUACUGUAUGUAGAAAAUUGCACACAAAUUUUGAAAACCUCAACAUAUGUACUUGCAAUAUAGUAUAUGUUUGUACAUAAUGGAAGUUUUUUUUUUCAUUUAUUGUUAUGUACUUUGAUAGGUGUAAAGCAUUAAAAGUACCUAAUAUGUAAAUGGUAUGUUUGUGCAUGUAUAAACUGUCAUAGUUUAUUGCUAAUUGAUGGUUCAAGCAUUACAUGCUUGUUAUAAGCAUUAAAAUUCAGAAGUAGUCUG